AUCGGCGCAAGAGGAAAGAGCGAGUAUACGCGACACGCGAUUGUAUCGAGUUGGAAGUCUGUAUCAGUGAUAGAAAAGGCAGAAAGAAAUAAUCCUCUCGGUAAACGUGCGAGAUAUAGAGAGGGAAGAGGCAACAAGUGUGUGACAAUCGGUGUCAGAACUAAAUUACUCGUGGUAUAAACGUAGGCGAUUAUCUUUAAUUAGCUUUCACUCGUUUCACAUUAAUUAAUUGUGGUGCGCGUGAAGAUGAAUCUAUCAGUCAGCACGCCGAUUGUAUGCGUUCUGCUCGUGACUCUGCUGUCGGAGACGGCGCACGCCAGGCCGCCACAGUGGCUUCUGAGUCGGCAGAAACGCCUUUCUGAUCAAAGACUCGCCGAACUCGAGACACUUAUAGCGCUGCAAAAUGUGAAGGGCGUCGUGGUUCCCGUAGGAUUCGGAAAAGUGAACCCAGCUGUCUUAGGCCGUAAACGGAGAUCCAUCUCGGAGGAUAAUCUUCGAAAAUUGCAACAUUUCCUACUACUCAUUACUCAAGGCUCGGAAUCAACCGUGGACCAAUCUGACCAGAAUCGUCCCUUAAUGUGGAAGGAGGAUUCGCGGGAGGAGCAAAGGGACUACCAAUUGAUUUAAUUCAUAUACUUGGUGUAGCUCGAGAAUGAGGCGAAAGUCAGGAAAGAGAAGCGGAGGACAGACAACUGGGGGAGAAAGAGCGUGCUAGAGACAAAAGAGAAAGAGAUAGUGAAAUAAGAGAGAAGGAGGAAGUAGAGUAUAAUUAAAAAGAUACAUACAUAUACACGAACACACACAUACAUACACACACAUACAUGCGUACACGCACAUUUAAUUUGAUCUCUCAGCCGUGAUCCGUCGACAGCGUACUAUUACGGAUAGCCUCCGUCCGAGAGCUUCCAAUUUUCUUAUUAAUUUACGCCUUAUUUAAGAAAUAAGUAAUCUAUUGACAAGCAUAGGAAAUGUACGUUACAUGCGUGCUUAAGAUUUAAACGGCAACAGCGGGAGAUAACGAAAGCGUACAGCAAAUUACUGUGCAAAGUGCCGAUGUCCUUGGGGGGAAAAACGGCACGAUCGUAUCCAGACUGCGUUCUUUAUUUAAGUAUUCGAGGCUUAACGAGAAAACAGUAUUUUACAUGUGAACGCCGUUGUAGUAUUCGCGUAUAAUGUGUAAUUCGCAAGAUUCAUUCUCAACACUUGGAUGUUUUUUGCCAGCGAAUUCAAGAUCAUAUUUAGAUCAUACUGAGUUUUCAUUUGUAUUUAGUCGGUUAUCACUUUCAUUGUAUGAAACACUUAGAUCUUCUCAUAAAAAGACAAAUAAUUAUUCCUAUCGCACUCAGAAAAAAAGGACAUAGUGAUAGCAAUUACACGUAUAAGACAAUCAUACAAGUUUUAUGUAUGUAU